AUGGACACCAACGAGAAGAAUCUCAAAUCGCAGGCCCGAUCCAACAGCGUCCCGUCAGAAGCGGCCGAAAUUGGGACUUCUACCAAUGUCGUUAUUGAUAAGGCCCUCGAUAGGGCAUAUGUCAGGAAGAUGGACUUGUACCUGCUACCCUAUCUGUCUAUUAUGUACUUUUUCAACUCUGUGGAUCGGAGUAAUCUAGGGAAUGCCGAAACGGAUGGUAUGAGUACUGAUCUCAACUUCGUCGGCGAGCAAUAUUCGCUGCUUAUUUUGCUCUUCUACGUCCCUAAUGGACUUUGCGACCUCCCUCUCAACAUGCUCACAAAGCGUUUCUCGGGUCGUGUAAUGCUGCCCGGUCUGAUGCUUGGCUGGGGAGCAUUGUCGAUGAUCCAAGUCGCCUGCAAGGGCUUUGCCAGCUUGCUCGUUGUCCGGCUUCUCAUCGGCGGACUCGAAGCAGGUUUCUUCGCGGGGACAGUCUUCUACCUGACGCUUUUCUACACACGUGGAGAGCUUGGUUUCCGGAUCGCAAUUUUCUUUGGAAGUGCUCUCCUCGCUGCUGCCUUUUCCGGUCUCAUAUCUUUCGGCGUCUUUCAGAUCGAAGGGACGGCGAUUAAGGGGUGGCAAUAUCUGUUCCUUCUUGAAGGUGGCCUUACGGUCAUAUUUGCUUUCUUCGCAUUCUGGUGGCUCCCAGCAUCUCCCCAUACAGCUUGGUUUCUGACCGAGGACGAGAAAGAGGCUGCCAAAGUUCGGCUCCUCCGCGACGGAUCCCAGCAGCUGGAGGUCGACUUUAAUCUGAAGGAAUGCUUCUCGUCUUGGAACAACUGGAAGUUCUUCCCAUGGUGUGUCAUCUCUUUCACAUACCCGGUUGCUUUCUCGACCUGCGCAAAUUUCCUCCCUCUCGUUUUGAGGCGUCUUGGAUACAGUACUGUCGUCACGAACUUGCUCACCGUCCCACCCAACUUUGUGGGCUUUAUCGUUCUUCUUUGCGUAACUUUCCACUCCGACCGGGCUCGCGAACGGACAUUUCACAUAAUUGGAUCCCUCGCGCUGUCUAUGUGUGGCCUAAUCAUCCUGGCUGCCAUCGACGCAGAGGCUCAUAAGGGGGUGGCAUAUUUUGCGACUUUUCUGGUAGCUGCUGGUGCAUACAUUCCGAGCUGCCUUGUUCACUCUUGGCACAACAAUAACAAUGUGAAUGAGAACUCUCGGGCAGCCACCACCGGACUCCUUGUUGGCCUCGGUAACUUGGGCGGAAUUCUAAGCUCAGCCACUUUCAGGACUACGUAUGCUCCUCGGUAUGCCCCGACUCUCAUCGCAACCGCGGCUUGCAAUCUGACUUGCAUAUGUUUCACCUUUUGGCUUGGAAUGUGGAUGCGACGAGACAAUACGAGACGGGAUCAGGCACAAGGAGUUGUGGUGAAGGCGGAGAAUGUCGACACGAGUGAGCUAAGGGAUGGCGAGAAGGAUCCCCGCUGGCGUUAUUUUGUUUAG